ACGCCCCCUUCGCGUCCCACUGGGAGGAAUAGAGGCGUAGACGUCACACAGGCCACGCCCCCUUCGCGUCCCACUGGAAGGAAUAUAGGCGUCGACGUCACACAGGCCACGCCCCCUUCGUGUCCCACUGGGAGGGAGAGGCGUAGACGUCGCCCAGGCCACGCCCCCCUCGCGGCCGCCGCCGCCAUUUUGUGAGGAAGGACGAAGGAACAAAGAGGAAGAAUGAGGGAAAUGAGGACUCUAUGGAGCUACUUCUUGGGUACAGAAAAGAAACCAAUAAUACAGGAAGACAAUGCAUUCUUUUCUAGGUCAUGAUCUUGCUCAAUUCUUCAGGUCACCUACAUAGAAGAAAGAAAAAAAGAAAAGCCAAGUAUCUGUAUUGCAAUUCAACGCCCAUAUCACUAUUGAUAUGGAGGGGAAAGAAUUUAAUUGCCUGGGAGGUGCAAAGAGUUUCACUCAGAAACAUCAUCUACAACAACAUGCACUGACUCUCACUGGGGAGAAGCCCUAUGAAUGCCUGGAGUGCGGAAAGAGAUUCACUCACAGUAAAAAUCUACGUUCACAUCAAAGGACUCACACUGGGGAAAAACCCUAUAAAUGCUUGGAGUGUGGACAGAACUUCACUCAUAGUUCGGGUCUAUGUUCGCAUCAAAGGACUCAUACUGGGGAGAAACCCUAUAAAUGCUUGGAGUGUGGACAGAGCUUCGCUCAGAAUGCACAUCUACGUUCGCAUCAAAGCACUCACACUGGGGAGAAACCCUAUACAUGCCUGGAGUGUGGACAGAGGUUUACUCGUAAUUCAAGUCUACGUACGCAUCAGAAAACUCACAGGGCAGAGAAGCCCUAUAUAUGCCUGGAGUGUGGACAGAACUUCACUCAUAGUUCAAGUCUACGUUCACAUCAAAGGACUCACACUGGGGAGAAACCCUAUAAAUGCUUGGAGUGUGGACAGAGCUUCACUCAUAAUUCAAGUCUCUGUUCACAUCAAAGAACUCAUACUGGGGAGAAACCCUAUACAUGCCUGGAGUGUGGACAGAGGUUCAGUCAUAAUUCAAGUCUCCAUUCACAUCAAAGAACUCAUACUGGGGAGAAACCCUAUACGUGCCUGGAGUGUGGACAGAACUUCACUCAUAGUUCAAGUCUACGUACACAUCAAAGGACUCACACUGGGGAGAAACCCUAUAAAUGCUUGGAGUGUGGACAGAGCUUCAUUCAGAAUUCAAGUCUCAGUUCACAUCAAAGAACUCAUACUGGGGAGAAACCCUAUACGUGCCUGGAGUGUGGACAGAGCUUCACUCAGAAUACACAUCUACGUUCGCAUCAAAGCAUUCACACUGGGGAGAAACCCUAUACGUGCCUGGAGUGUGGACAGAACUUCACUCAGAAUACACAUCUACGUUCACAUCAAAGGACUCACACUGGGGAGAAACCUUAUAAAUGCCUGGAGUGUGGGCAGUGCUUCAGUUAUAAUGGAAGUCUACGUUCACAUCAAAGGACUCACACUGGGGAGAAACCCUAUAAAUGCUUGGAGUGUGGACAGAGCUUCACUCAUAAUUCAAGUCUACGUAGGCAUCAGAGAACUCAUACUGGGGAGAAACCCUUUACAUGCCUGGAAUGUGGACAGAGUUUCACUCAUAAUUCAGGUCUACGUUCACAUUUAAGGACUCAUGAUUUUGAGGUCAGGAGUAUUGUGCUCCAAAACUCUGUCAGUCUGAAUUCGGAAGUCCCAGAGUAGCUUGACAUGUUCAUUCUCUGUAACUUUUUCCGGCUUGUGGUCCCACCAGUUCUUUGUCGCAGGCAGAUGGUAUUUGUGGCACAAGUUCCAAUGAAUCACCUGAGCAACGGUGUUAUGCCUCUGCUUGUAGUCUGUCUGUGCAAUCGUCUUGCAGCAGCUGAGGAUGUGAUCUAUAGUUUAAUCUGCAGGGUCUACAUUUGGGAUCUCUCGUCGACUUUUCAGUUUUGGCUUGGUGGCAUUGGCUCUAAGGGCUUGUUCUUGGGCUGCCAGAAUCAGACCCUCCAUCUCCUUUUUCAAAGUUCCAUUUGUGAGCCACAGUCAUGUUUUUUCUUUGUCAAUUUGGCUCUCAAUUUUCCCCCCGCAGAGGAUGUAAUCCAUCCAUUUUUCCUUCUCUUCUGCCUUUUGUCUCCUGUUUAGAGUAGAUAUAAAAGAAUGUAUGGAUGCAGCUACAUUUUGCCAUUCUCCAGGCAAGAUGUAGCUGCAUGCAUACAUUCUUGGAUAUCUUUACCUUUUACUUUCCUUAGAAUAUGAGAUUUAGAAAGUUAGUUAGCUGCUAGAGCUUUCCUAUCCAGAAUGUAUUUCUUUUCUUUCAGUAAAUCCUUUUGAACUUAUAUUUUUGGCUCUGCAGUCCUGUGCCUUCCUAAGCAACAGAGGCUUAUCCCAGCUCACCACACGUAAGUUUCUGCUGGUUGUGAAGUGUCCUUCUGGCACUCUGCUAUAUUUUUGGUGAAAUCACCCCAAGAGAGGGUUGAGUUUAACUGCUCAAUAGAUUCCCAACAAAAUUAAAGAGAAAGAAAGCCAAAUUAGAUCUCUCCCUGUGAAUACCGAACUAAAACAACUAAUAAUAUAAGCAUCCAUUCUCCUUACAGAUCUGGCAUCUCAAGGUUUGGGCGCAGCUGGCACACAAGUUUUAAUUGUGCAAAGGUGCUCCUGGCCACUGCCAACAUCUGGGUUCCAGGGUCAACAAUAAUGAGUACAGGAACACCCCCAGACUGUGGACCUGUGUCUUCAGGCUGUAAUUUCACUCCCUGUUCUGCCUUCCGCCUGACCAGGAGGGCCGUUCAGUGAGCUGUAUAAUUUUAGCAGUGUAUAUAAAUUUAAAUUACUAUGUUUAUCAUUUUCUUAAUAAAAAACAUGUUAGCAAAAAGGAAUUUAGAAGAGACUGGAAAGGCAGAUACAGCUGGGAUUUAAUACAUAAUUUAAGGUCCUUUGGGAUAUUGUUUUCCAUCUAUAUGUUGAUCACAUGCCUCUGGGUUUGAUUUUGAUGCUUCAGUUAUUAAAGUAUAGUAGUCUCACUUAUCCAACAUAAGCAGGCCAGCCUGUCUGUCCUAUCUUGUGGGAUUCGUUUCAGCUUGUUCACCUGGAUGACGUGGACAAGAUUCUUGGAGCUGUGAGGGCGACCACUUGUGCCAAGGAUCCUUGCCCUUCUUGGCUUAUAAAAUCGGCCAGAGGAGGAUUGGGAGAUUGGUUUGUGAGUAUAAUUAAUGCCUCUCUGGUUCAAGGCAAAUUUCCAUCUGCCCUAAAACAGGCUAUAGUGAGGCCAAUUUUGAAGAAAGCCUCCCUUGAUUCGACCAUCCUAAAUAACUACAGACCAAUCUCGAAUCUUCCUUUUUUGGGGAAGGUCCUGGAGCGGGUGGUUGCCUCUCAGCUCCAGGGGUUCUUGGAUGACACUGAUUUUCUGGAUCAAUCGCAGUCCGGCUUUAGACCUGGGCACAGUACCGAGACGGCUUUGGUCGCCUUGGUGGAUGACCUCCCUAGGGAACUGGACAGGGGGAGUGUGACCCUGCUGGUUCUCUUGGACAUCUCAGCGGCUUUCGAUACCAUCAACCAUGGUAUCCUUCUGGGACAGCUCUCCGGGAUGGGCCUUGGGGGUACUGCUCUGCAGUGGCUCCAGUCCUUCCUGGAGGGCCGAUCCCAGUUGGUGAAGCUGGGGGACACCUGCUCGGACCCCUGGCCAUUGACCUGUGGGGUCCCGCAAGGUUCCAUUCUGUCCCCCAUGCUUUUUAACAUCUACAUGAAACUGUUGGGAGAGGUCAUCCGGAGUUUUGGAGUUCGGUGCCAUCUCUAAGCAGAUGACACCCAACUCUACUACUACUUUCCACCAAACUCCAAGGAAGCCCCUCGGAUACUGGACCAGUGCUUGGUGGCUGUGAUGGGCUGGAUGAGCGCGAACAAGCUGAAGCUUAAUCCUGACAAGACAGAGGUCCUCCAGGUCAGUCGCAUGUCUGAUGGGGGUAUUGGGUGGCAACCUGUGCUUGACGGGGUCGCACUCCCCCUGAAGGCGCAGGUCCGCAGCUUGGGGGUCCUCCUGGACUCAUCACUGACACUUGAGGCUCAUGUGUCGGCGGUGGCCAGGAGGGCCUUUGCACAACUAAAACUUGUGCGCCAGCUGCGACCAUAUCUCAUGAUGUCUGAUCUGGCUACGGUGGUCCAUGCCUUAGUUACCUCUAGAUUGGAUUAUUGCAACGCACUUUACAUGGGGCUGCCUUUGAAGACGGCCCGGAAACUCCCAACUAGUUCAACGGGCGGCAGCCAGGUUCCUAACAGGAGCGAAUUACAGGGAGCGGUCUACGCCCCUGUUCAAGGAGCUCCACUGGCUGCCGUUCACCUUCCGGACCCAAUUCAAGGUGCAGGUGCUGACCUACAAAGCCCUGAACGGUUUGGGACCCACUUACCUUUCUGACCGCAUCUCGCCCUACGAACCCGCAUGAUCUCUUCGUUCGUCGGGGGAGGCCCUCCUCUCGCUUCCGCCUUUGUCAUAAGCGCGGUUGGUGAGGACAAGGGAGAGGGCCUUCUCCGUGGCGGCCCCCCGACCCUGGAACGAGCUCCCCAGGGAAAUUAGGCAAGGUGCCACCUUGGAAGUGUUCAGGAAGAGCCUGAAAACCUGGCUCUUCAAACAGGCCUUUGAAGAAGUACCGCCCACUGUUCGCUAAACCCUGGUACUAGCGGGUUCUUCUGACCACUUGUUGGUUAGCUCCUUGACAUAGCCUCAGUGUUCACCCCAGUUUAAGGUUCUUCCCAUGAUGUAGCACCUUAAUCUUCCUUCUUGUUUACAAGUUCCACUCAGUGCACUUUGCCCAGCUCAUUUUAAGUUUUUAUUGCUGUGUUUGUCAUGUGUUUUAUAAUGGUCGUGAUUUUUAAUGCCUUUUAAAUUUACUUGUGUGUUUUUGUAAAACCGUAUACUGUAUGCUGGUUUUAUAUCUGUAAGCCGCCCCGAGUCCCUCUGGGGAGAUGGUGGCGGGGUACAAAAAUGAAAUUAUUAUUAUUAUUAUUAUUAUUAUUAUUAUUAUUAUUAUUAUUAUUAUGUUGGAUAAUAGGGAGAGAUGAAGGAGAAGCCUAUUCAACAUCAAAUUAGGUUAUGAUUUUACAAAUUAAGCACCAAAACAUCAUGUUAUACAACAAAUUUGACACAAAAAGUAGUUCAAUAUGCAGUAAUGCUACAUAGUAAUUACUGUAGUUAUGAAUUUAGCACCAAAAAUCACGAUAUAUUGAAAACAUUGACUAAAAAAAUGCGUUGGAUAAUCCAGAACAUUGGAUAAGCGAAUGUUGGAUAAGUGAGAUGCUACUGUAAUAGUGUUUUGAUCAUCUAUUGCAUUUUCUGGUAUGACUUUGGUUUUCAUUGCUGCACAUUUGAAUCCAGCAUUUCAGUACAACUGUCCCUCCAUAUUUAGAGGUGUAGUUUUCACGGAUGAUGAUGAUACAGUAAUAACAAUAUUCUUAUUUCUUAUCGUCCUUUCCUCAAGGCUGGUUACAACAUAGCUAAAAUUAUUUAAAAUAUUCUAUAAAAUGCAAUAAUUAUUAUUUAUAAGGAAUCAUUAUAAUCCAGGUGUGAUAUUAUAAUAGGGGAGUGUGCAUUAACAGAUUAACUUUGGGGUAUUAAUAAUAAUAAGAAUAAUAAUUAUUAUUAUUAUAAGGAUUCAUAAGCCCGGGUCAGGGUAAGCUUCUGACCAUUAAUAGUCCAGCUUCUAUUGACCUAUGCAGUUUCAUCUGUCAAGUAGGAAUUUAGGUACCGCUUAUGCGGGGAGGCUAAUUUAACUAAUUUACGAUGCCAGCAGUGUGCAGAAGUACUCCAUCAAGGACCCAAGUCACAGUGGAUGAUAAAGCAGCAGCUCCUCCUGUGACCGGAAUCGAGCAUACCCUCAUGAAGCCAGAAGCUGGAAAAUGUUAAAUUGCCUCGGUGUCUGUCUAUAUGUGGUUGUCUAUAAAUGUUGUUUGUCUAAUGGCAUUGAAUGUUUGCUAUGUAUAUGUACAUUGUGAUCCGCCCUGAGUCCCCUUUGGGGUGAGAAGGGUGGAAAAUAAAUACUGUAAAUGAAUAAAUAAAUAAUAACUAAAGUAUUAAAAAAACCUGUUUUCCCAAUAAUAAGAUAUCACCUGAGAAUAAGACCUUAUCUUUGGGAGCAAAAGGUACUAUGAAACGAAAUUUGGAAAAGAAAUUCUGUUCCUGGUUUGAAAGUGCUAUUUCCCAUUUAAUUGUGUAGUCCUUCCUUUGAAAGUACAGAAGUUGUUAAGCUUGUCCAAUUGAUUAAAAAAUGUUUCUGUAGUCAUUACAAAAUGGGAGCAUGGGCGUUUCAUUUCUAAAGUGUUUCUAAAGUAUCAUUAGUGAAUAAUUUGUUACUAUAACGAGAGAAACCCUAUUUUGUUACUAUUUUGUUAUAGUUAUUGUGCACCUGGGGGGCUUCUGGGACUGUUCAGAAUUUUCAACUGGUCCAACGAGCAGCAGCCAGGUUGCUCACCGGAGUGGCGUACAGGGAGCACACAACUAUUUACCUAUUUAUUUACAGUAUUUAUAUUCUGUCUUUCUUUCUUACCCCGAAGGGGACUCAGGGUGGAUCACAAUGUACAUAUACAUGGCAAGCAUUCAAUGCCAUAUGAACAUACAGACAAAGACAGAGAUGCUGAGACAAUUUAACCUUCUCCAGCUUCCUGAAGGUAUGCUCGAUUCCAGCCACAGGGGGAGCAGCUGCUUCAUCAUCCACGGUGAUGGCGAGUCCUUGAUGGAGUACUUUCUCAUUCCAGACACUGAUGGACGAUUUUUAUGGUGUCGUAAAUUAGUUAAAUUAGCCUCCCCACAUAAGUGGUACCUAAAUUUCCUACUUGAUAGAUGCAACUAUCUUUCGGGUUGCUUAGGUCAACACCGAGCAGGUCUAUUUUUUAUUUUAAUGGUUGGGUGCUCACUCCGACACGGGCUGGCCUCAAACUCAAAGUGAUUUAUUUCAGCUGGCUACAAAGCCCCAAGUGGUUCCGGCCUAGCUUACCUGUCUGAAUGUACCCAAUCACCUCGGAGAUUAAUAUCGUCUGGGGAGGCCCUGGUUUUGGUCGCGCCAUCUUCGCAAGCGUGACUGAUGGGAACGAGAGACAGGGCCUUCUCAGUGGCGGCCUCCAGGCUGUGGAACGUCCUCCCUCGUGACAUCCGAUCAGCUCCCUCCCUCCUCGCCUUCAGAAGGAAAGUAAAAACCUGGCUCUGUGACCAGGCUUUGGGAGACCAGAUUAUGUGCAAUGAUUAUGGAACGGGCGUGGAUGACAAUCUUUGGAUGGCGUGAGUUUAACACUGAAUGUCAUUUUAAAAGCUUAAUCUAUAUUAAUUUUUUAACUCAACUGUUUUUAAAUUUAAUCUAUAUAUAUAAAAGAGUGAUGGAAUCGCGGCACCGAGCAAAACAACUAAACUACGGGGGCCCCAACCUCAAAAUUGGACAACACAACCCAUCAUCCACGCCUCUAAGUUGAUACAAUUAAAAAUCCCGUCAAAAACCUCCACGGGGCCUUAAAACCCCAGCCGUCAGCCUGGCUGGAAGGCCCCAUGGUGGUCGGAGCACACCCAACAGAUGGCCACCCAGCCUCUUAAUAAUAAUAAUAAUAAUAAUAAUAAUAAUAAUAAUAAUAAUAAUAAUAAUAAUAUAAUACAAUCAUAUGGUUAGGAGACACCCCUAAGGAUCAUCCAGUUCAACUUCCUUCUACCAUGCAGGACGACACAAACCAAGCACUCCUGACAGAUGGCCAUCCAAGAUCUGCACAGUAAUUAUACAAAUCGAAUCAUACAACCACACAGUUAGGAAAGACCCUUAAAGGCCAUCCAGUCCUACCCAACUCUGCCAAUGGACGAUACAAUCCAAGCACUCCCAACAGAUGGCCAGCCAACCUCUCAAUAAUAAUAAUAAUAAUAAUAAUAUCAUACAAUCCUAAGGUAAGCAGAUACCCAUAAGGAUCAUCCAGUUCAACUUCCAUAUAUCAUGCAGGAGGACACAAUCCAACCACUCCCGACAGAUGGCCAUCCAAUAUCUGCACAAUAAUAAUACACAUCAAAUCAUAGCAUCAGACACUUAGGAGACACCCCUAAAGGCCAUCCAGUCCAACUCAAUUCUGCCAUGCAGGACACAAUCCAAGCACUCCCAACAGAUGGCCACCCAGCCUCUCAAUACUAAUACUACUACUACUAAUAAUAAUAAUAACAUACUCAUCAUACAAUCCUAAGGUUCGGAGUGACGCCUAAGGAUCAUCCAGAUCAAGUUCCUUCUACCAUGCAGGAGGACACAAUCCAAGCACUCCUGACAGAUGGCCAUCCAGCCCCUACAUAAUAAUGAUGAUGAAGAUGAUAAUAAUAAUGAUAGAAUCCAAGUUUGGAGAGACCCUUAAGGGCCUUCCAGCCCAACACUUUCUACUAUGCAGCAGGACACAAUCCAAGCAUUCACAACACAUGGACAACGUAGAAAUACUAUACAAUACUACAGAGGGACCUAGACCCCCUCUACCCUCACCACUUUCACAGUACACAAACAACCAAAUGCAUACUAAACAUAAAAACAACCAUACAACAGACAUUCACUACCACCACUACCUCAACAAGUUCUCACCAACACCACCAGACAACGCCACAGCAACGCGUGGCCGGGCACAGCUAGUACUUUAUAUAGAUGACAUAAAAGGGAGAUUGGUCGGUAGUUCCUGGCAUUGGAGGCAUCUUUACCAGGCUUAUAAUGGCAAUGAUCUUAGUUUUCCUUCAUACUCUGGGAAUCUGUGUGCCAAGCAUUGAUUGUAGAAUUUCAAAAGCCAGUUUUCAACUUUGGGCCCCAAGUGUUUGAUUUGCUCCAUCAUUAAGUCAUCUAGGCCAGGUGCUUUACCAGUUUUACAUUGCUUGAUGGCUUCUCUGUUCAAUGUAUACAUUUGCAGCCAAGUUGGCAAGGUGGCACUACCUGGAGGAAUCCUCCACCUUGUGUGACUGUGGAGCAGAACAAACAACUCCGCAUAUGUAUGCUUGCCCACAAUGUCCUGCCUCAUGUACGUAGGAGGAGUUAUUUAAAGCUAUGGACAGUGCGGUCGCUGUUGCCUGCUUUUGGUCUAAAAUUACUUAGCUGCUGGUGAUUUCCUUUAUUUCAUCACUUUUUAAAUUUAUUUAUUAUGCAAUGCUUUUGACACAAAAUAAAUAAAUAAAUUUGCAGUGUAUAUUGAUGUAUAUAACAACUUCAGACCACCAAAAGAAGGCCUGGAGAAAUGACGUGAUAGCCCAGCAUUCAUAACAACUGUACUUUCCACGUCCUGCCAGAGCAAUAGGGGGUGGGAAAUAAUCUAAAUGAUAAGGGCCAUCUGGCCCGGGAUGGGUUUCAUGGCCAGCUCUGGUUUUUGAAGCCGGGGAAAAGGGUCAUAUAACAGAUACGUGUGAAUGUGGGGAGGGGGAAAUUAGGAAGCGGAUAUACUCAGGGUUUGGUGGGAACACGUCAGUUUCAGCUUGUUUUCAUUUUGAAAUAAGGUCCUCAAUAAAGCGUUUCCACGGA